AUGGAUGUCGACAAAUUCUUUAAGCUUCCUUCUAUUCCCAGCGGGAAAAACAAACGUAAGUUGCCCGCAACGCCCAAUUUAGAACUACUUAAACGUUCACGUGUUGAAGAAGAGUCAGAGGAGGAAGACGUGGAAAAACCUGUCAGUGCAAGCUCUUCAAAAAAUAAAGGUAAAUCUGUUCGGAUUUCAGACGAAGUUGAAGAACGCGAAUAUUAUAAAGAUUAUUAUGAAGAGAAUGUUGACGAAGAAGAAGGAGGGAGGUUCUAUGGUGGUGGGCUUACUGAGGAGCAAUUGGAAAUAUUGGACUAUGUAGAUCAAGUUGAAAUCAAGAAUGAGAAGACGGCAGAAACUCUCGAUGUCUCUGGUGUCAGAAAAAUGAUCCUUAAGUUUGAAAAAGCUAUAAUAAAAAACCAGGAGCUUCGCGUGAAAUUCCCUGAUGACCCGCAAAAAUUCAUGGACUCAGAAGCGGAUUUACAUGAGGAAAUAAAGCAUUUAAUGGCUUUAACAGAGGCGCCAGAUCUAAUUCCAUUUGUCGUGGAAUUAGGUGCAAUCAGUCACCUUGCGUCUUUACUAGCCCACGAAAACACAGAUAUCGCUAUUGACGUCGUUGAACUACUGAACGAUCUCACCGAGGAUGAUGUGAUGGGAGAAGACAACGACGAGGCAUUGAAAGUUUUGAUUGAUUCCUUGGUUGAAAACCAAGUUCUGGAACUUUUAGUGCAAAAUCUGAAUCGAUUAGAAGAAGAAGAAGCGGCUGACAAACAAGGCGUCUUUAAUACGCUUGGUGUAAUUGAAAAUUUGACAUCAUUUGAUCCCUCGCUCUCUGAAGUAGUAAUUCAAAAGACUAAUCUAAUGGAAUGGAUUUUGAAUCGGAUAAAAGUUAAAGCUUUUGAUUCUAAUAAACAAUAUGCCAGUGAAAUUUUAGCAAUUUUAUUGCAAGAUAGUCGAGACAAUCGGUUAAAGCUUAGCGAACUUAAUGGUGUAGAUGUUCUAUUGCAAGUGUUGAACGCCUAUAAACGCAAAGAUCCGAAAGAUGAAGAUGAAACGGAAAUGAUGGAAAAUUUUUUUGAUGCGUUGUGUUCUGCAGUCACUGAGCUAGAAGUUAAACAAAAGUUUUUGGAGGGGGAGGGUGUAGAGUUGAUGCUCAUAAUGAUGAAAGAAAAAAAUAUGUCACGCAUGCGCGCAAUUAAGGUGUUAGAUCAUGCCAUGUGGACAGUACAUGGGAGACCCAAUUGUAUUAAGUUUGUCGAAAUUUUCGGCUUAAAAACAUUAUUUGCGGCAUUUAUGCGAAAGGGCCUCAAAAAAUUUAAAAAAAUGUAUAAAUCAUUUUCAGAAACCGAAGAAGAAGAGCAUAUUCUAGGAAUUAUUGUUUCACUUAUAAAAAAUCUCCCAGUUGAUAGCGAUCAUCGAUUGCGAUUGGUUCAAAAAUUUACAGAGAACGAUUAUGAAAAAGUCGAUCGAUUGUUGGAACUCCGAGAAAAUUAUGAAAUUAGAGUUUCGAUAAUCGAUCAAGAGAUUGAGGAAAAGAAACAGGAACUCGAAGGCGAAGACAUCGAUGAUGAUAUUCUAGAAGAAUUUUAUAGAAAAAGGUUAUCGGCUGGAUUAUUUACUCUUCAACUGGUGGACAUAACAAUUGCAUGGAUCUGUGGUGAAGAUUUCAAAAUUAAAGAGCAUGUAAAAACCUUCCUUAAUCGUAGAAAGAGGAGUUUGGAGGAUAUACGAAAAGUCUUGGAAGAGUAUUUGAAUAAUCUUGGAGACGCCGAUCAAAAUGCAGCAGGGUAUGACAAUGCAGAAUUGCAACCACCACCACUUAAUAUUGAACCAAUGAUGAGACAGGAAAAUAAAAUUACAGACUUGGAUGAUAAUGAGCAGAGCGCGAAAAUAAAUUCCCUCUUUAAUAAUAACAACAUUUCUACUACUCGAAAUGAGCAAGAAAUGCACGAGAGGAUACUGGUGCAAAGAUUAAUAAAUAACUUACAGCUCUAG